AUGUGUGCUGAUAUUCCUACCCAAGCCGAAGACACUCAGAAGGAUGGACGCUGGUUAAGCAUGCAUUCCCGCUUUCUUACUCAAGGCCGUGAUAAGGAACCUGAAGUAUUAUUCCUAGGCGAUUCCAUUUUAUUUAAUUUCGAGGCUACUAAAAUGUAUAAAACAUAUGUUGAACCUUUGCAUUGCCUAAAUUUCUCCAUUCCAAAUGAUGAAACCCAAAAUAUUUUAUGGCGAGUUCUAAAUGGAGAACUGGAUGAUGUAAAAGUUAAGGUUGUUGUACUGUCUGUUGGAAUGCAUAAUAAAUGUCCCGCAGAGGAGGUAGUUGCCGGAAUUAAUGCUAUCCUAAAAGUUAUUAAGCAAAGACAACCCGAUGCGCAUAUUUUGGUUAUGGGCUUACUUCCUUGUGGAAAGACACCAAAUCCUCGACGACAUAAGCACGCCGAAAUCAACAAACUUCUCUCCGCCCAGUUCUCCCAACCAGGCGACCGGGUGGUCUUUCUCUGUCCCGACUGGGAAGCCCUUCUCCAACCCGACAAAUCCAUUGCCCACCGUGACAUGAUGGAUUAUCUCCAUCCUACAGAACAUGGAUAUGAGAAAUUCAUCGAACCCCUCGUGGAGGAACUGCAGACAUCCCUUCAGACAUUCCUCAAAACCAAUGCUCCGUCGUCUAGCCCACUUUAA